UUGGGGAGGAUCUGUGGACUUUCUUAGUUUGUCUUCUUGUUCUUCGCUAAGGGUUAAUUCAAAAUUACUGAAGAUCAGUGUGUCAUAUUAGGAUUAACUCAAAAUUACUUGAAGCUCAUGAGUCCCAAGCCCAUGAUAUUUUUAUUCAGGCCCAAUAUCCAGAAAAUUGCAUUUACACAGAGGUAUUCUUGGAUCAACGGCGAUACACACACAAACGCACACCACCUUCGGCUUCGAUCCGGGUUCAACCAGAGCACAACAGCCGCGACAAAACGCUUCCCUGUCCUGCGUUUUGGCUUCGCAUUUUGCCGAUUCCAGAUUUUUUGGGUUGUGCUGGAAUUCCAAAAGAAAGCAUGGAAGAUUCUUAUUCUGUUUGCAGUCCCAGAAGAAUCCUGAGUGUAUCAAAGAAGAGGAGGGCAACAGUGUCUUUUGUAGAUUCAGAUGAUAAGGCUUCUGGGUUUCAUGGCCCCAAACCUUCUGAAGUUUAUGGCUUUGUUGGUUCCAUCACAACUGUUGUGGCUACAGUUAUUUUCUUGGUGUGGGCAUAUGUUCCAGAGUCUUGGCUACAUUCCAUUGGGAUAUUUUACUAUCCCAGCAGGUAUUGGGCAUUGGCAGUGCCAGCAUAUGCUAUGAUGACAGUGGUGUUAGCUUUGGGAUUUUAUUGUGGCGUCAACUUCAUGUCGACUCCUCCCCCAUCUUCCUUAUAUACUGUAUAUGAUGAAUUCAGUAGAGAUCCUUUGAGCUCUGCUCCAAUGGGGGGUGAUGAUCAGCCUAUAGAACCUAUAUCCGAUAUCAGUAUCGACAGAAUCAACCGUUCAAUGUUCAAAUAACACAAGAACCCUUAGGGCAUUGGAAACUUGUACAUAGCUUUUUUAUAUUUUCCCAAGAAUGGUAUUGAGUUUUGAAAUGAAUUGGUGACUUGGUUGAGCAAAA